GUUAUCUUGUAUCUAUUAUAAGGACGAGAAAGGGCUGCUAAAGGGAUCAUUCACGCUAAAAUUCUAAUUUGUUGCCUUUUUUUCCUAAUCAAAACUUUUGAACCAAAUGGAUUUCACAAAAAACUCUGAUAUGUCAAUUCUAAAGACAUUAAUGUAGCUGUGCAAAUGCAAAGCUUAAUAAAUAAAUAUUAAAAACAGGAUCACACUGUGGUAAAAUAUUCAUAAAACAGCAAACACAUAAAAGCUUAUUUUUAUCAUUAUUAUUAUCAUCAUAUAACAUCUAACUUGGAGCAUGUGAAGCAUUAUGAUUUAAUGUACAGGACACGGUCACCUACACUGAGAGGGUAUAUGUAAAUAAGGUGACAGUACAGUUGCUUUCUAAAACAGAAAUAUCAAGAAAACUAAAAAAAAAAAGAAAAAAAACAGAAUUAGAAAAAUGUGUAUAAAUAUGGACUUUAUACUACAAUAUUAAAAACAACAUGUAUAGGAAAUAAGAAUAGAAAAAUCAUGAGAAAUAUGAGCAUCAUGCCUCACCAUAUAACUCUGAUGUAAACUAAUAAUAUUAAAUCACAUUUGAAAGAUUUCAUGGGCAAAUAUAGAAACAGCAAAAUACUAUAUACAAUAAAAUGCUUAAGUAGUGAUAAAAUUAAAUAGAGGAACAGGUGCGAGAGGACAAGCUGCAUUAUUUACUAAAGAUACUAACUGAACUGGUAAUUGCACAGUUGGAUAACUGCACCGAGCUGAAACAACAGUUAAGUAAUUGCACAGGAAAAAAAAUAAUAAUAAUAUUGCACAAAAUGAUUGCUCUAUCAUGUGCAGUUAAAUUAUGGCUCUGUUAAGUCAGUAAGUCGAUGAACUCACAUUAUGGUGUCCAGGAUGGCUUCACAUCUUAUUAUAAUGCCAUAAAAUUACAGUUUUUAUGUUUCCUCCUUUACAAAUGUCCCUGAAUGCUGCCAUGAAAUGUAAUAUCUACAGACUCCCAGGGGACGAUCAUUAAACUAAAUGGAACCGCAUUUCAAAAAAGGCAGUUUAAUUAGUGAGGCUAACAUGUGUGUUUGCAUGUAUUCUUUAAAGACAGGGACACACAAACACAAACAGUGCAGAUCAGAGGGGUGAUACCAUGCCUCUUCAGGUGGACCGAAACCUGACACCUGGCUGUUACCAUGGCACUGCUGGAGAAAAAAAGCAAAGGUUGAUGGGAGAUCUGGAGCGUCGGAGGAAGCACACAUGCAGUUUGGUUCUUCAGCUCUGAUGAAUUGUUUCGUCUUUGUGCUCUCUAGGGAAACAGUAGCCUAAGGACAGGGUGACGAGACAUGGAGGAUCUAACCUUUUCCUCGAGAGUCUCCCUCAGCUGAGCACUGCUGAAAAGAGUAAGACGGCAAGUAAAAGUAUCAGGUGUAAAAUAUUGAUGGGGCGACAGGUGUGAUCCUAAACGCCCCGGCAGGUCUUUGCCCUUCUGAUCGAUGCAUCGCACAGCGAGGGGCUGCCAGCUCCCCUGCCACAGGCCGAACCACGGACCUCAGCACUGGUGAGUCUCUGGCUGGAUGUGCUUCUCUGACUACUUUUUCCCCAUCACUCCUUGCUCAUUUUUAAAACUGUCUAGGAGUAACUCUAUUCCUAGAGCACGCUGGGAAGGAGCACGAAACAGUGGCAUUAGGUUGCAUCAGUACACUGCAUAAUCUACCAGUAAACUUCCAGAGACAACUCGUGUUGAAGACUUCAGAGGUCUGUUGAGAUAUAAAUGGACAAAGGUGGAGUGUGGUGCAAUCUGCAGGCUAGAAACUAGGCCACGAGCACAAGUGUGUCUCCAGUUACCUUGUUAUCUCUUCUACAGUGCAUGAGUGAUGCGCUCCUGUCAACUGUAAACCCAGCAAAGGUCUGAUGGAAUACAGUGAGCAGGAGGUUUUGACUGAAACCAAGGAGACAUUUAGAUGAGCAGUUUUUGUGCUCUAAGGUGACAUGAAGCUUUGAACUAAGCCAUUUUUAAUCUUAUGACAAUAUGUAACAUGUAAUAAUUCCCACCAGAUUCACCAAGCCUCACUCCUCCCGGAGGAGGAGGUGGAGGUGGAGGUGAGAGGGCAGAGGGAGGUCAGGGAGGCCAGCCGGUCGUCCGGGAGCUGUGGUUCAUCGUGGUGAUGACAGGCAUCGCUCUGCUGCUGCUGGCCGUCAUCCUCGCCAUCGCGCUCCAUAAGGCCCUGAACAAACCCCCCUUCACCAGGGAGAGACCUCCGCUGGUGGCCCUGCCCAUGCAGAAGAGGAGCCCCAUGGCUGUUUACCCACCCAGCAACUCUGUUCUAUUCGACACUGUACCUGACACGACAGGCUUCUCCAACAGUGUAACACUGAAGGGCUUCACCAUGAAGAUAGAGGAAGUGCUGGAGGCUAAAUGUGAGCCCGAUGACGAGGUCCCACCUCAGGACGAGCUGGGCAUCCUCAGUGUGAACUCCCUGAGGCGCAGCGUCAGCCAGGUGAUGGACGGGAAGUCCUUGACCGGAGACGACGAGGCGUGGGACCCGAACAUUUCAGGCCAUGACAGUGGGAUGGUGAGAGACCCCAAAAACUUUAUGGACGAUGAGGAAUUCGUUGACACCAUCAAAGGUUUCAGCACUGUGAGGAAGGAGCACACCAUGUUCACUGACACCAACCUGUGACCUGAGGAUGACCUUUGAACCCCCACAGGACACUGGACCUGGAUGUUUUAACAAUUUUUGACAAGCAAAUCUCACAUAAAAUCCACUCUGCUCGGUCUUAAAUCGUGACCAGUUAAAGCGUGGCUGGGGUUGUAAAGUCUCAUCUUCUACUUUUACGAUGAACAAUGAAAGAAGAUGAGUAAAAAACGUGACUCCUGACAAGAUCACUGGAAUAAUCACAGCAGUGAGGAGAGGAAAAGCAGGAAUGUCACAAUCCU